AUACGGGAAAUGACCUUAUGACUUGAACCGCUAUCAAAAUGCAUAUGAAACAGUCGAUAACUGCAGAAGUUGCGGUAUAUAUCGUUUGAUUUUAACAACAAUUAUCUCUGUGACAAGCAGUAAGAUCUGGGAAUCAGUUGGAGUAAACAUUUUUCCACACAUUGAUUAUCUAUAUCGGCGUUAAUCAUCGGAACAGCUAUCAGUAAAAUUCGUAGGCGAAAAUGGUUAUACUUCGUUUGUUUCGCCGACUGGAAGUGAAGCUGUUUAAUGUUCAACAAAAGACUGCCGAAGGCGUUCAAACGGCACGAGAUGCUGUCGUACGAGGCGGCAUUAUCGUUAUCACAGCGAUUGUUGUUGUUUGGAUAUCCAUAUUUUUAUACGCCGCAUUCUACUACGCUUACAUGCCGAACAUAUCUCACGUGCGCCCCGUUCACUUAAAAUUCGAAUCUUGCGAUGAAAAGAAAGGGAUAUGUAGCUUUCCCUCCGCUCAUGUUCAGCUGACUAAGAAACAACAGCUCCUGAUGGUCGGCCAGCCAUACAAAGUAAAUCUGCAUAUGGAGAUGCCGGAAUCGCCGACUAACAAGGAACUCGGAAUGUUCAUGGUCUGCGCUCAAUUGAGGGAUCGGGAUGGAGUCUUGGUCGGAAAUGCUUGCCGUUCAGCCAUGUUACACUAUCGAAGUUCGUUGCUGCAUACUCUCACUACUUUGACGUUCUCGCCCAUGAUGAUAUUGGGCAGUACUGAAGAGAAGCAAAACAUUGUUCUUGAAAUGUUUGCCAACUUUGAGGAAGAUCAAAGUCAUCCAGUGACGGACGUGUACGUGGAAAUACAGUCGCGAUUUGUAGAAUUCUACUCGGCUACUGUGAUGAUUAACGCACACUUGUCCGGGCUACGUUACAUCAUGUUUCAUUGGCCAAUACUGUCUGCCAUUCUGGGGAUCAGUACCAACCUAUUUUUUAUAGCGUUGAUAUGCAUUCUAUCUUACUUGCACUUUAUUGCUGAGGAAGAGAUACUGGAUGAUGAUUUUAUUUAUGAGAAAGGUGAAGAGGAGGUGGAGGAGGAGGAGGAGGAGGAGGAGGAGGAGGGUGGCGAUUAUAAGGAUGGGAAAUCUGAUACUGAUCUGUCUUCAGAUACUUCGUCGCAAGGGGAUACUUCGAUGCUUGAAGAAAUUCCGAAGCGUAAAAAAGAAGAGGGCCAGAGCACAGCUGCUGGGACUUCGCGACUUGAAACGAUCAAAUAAUUGGUUACCGCUUGCAAGUGUACAGCUGAUGAACAAAUUUUGAAGCUGAUAAAUUAUUGUAUUAAUAUUUGGCGGGAUCAAAACAUGUAAGAUUUGUACUUUUAUAUCUUGUUACCAUUGAAUCAAUCAGAAUAAUGCAAUAAUGUCAGAGUUAGAGCUGAGCU